UCUUUACUACAACAUAAUGAUUACUAUUUAGUAAAUAAUUAUUAUAAACAUAUGCUAACUUUACUUCUAAUGUCGUAUAAUCUCAUUGAGAUAACGCAAUGUUUCUUAGACUCUCGACUAGAUCACAUUUAUGAGGAGUAAAAUAAGUUUGAAAUAAUAUAAGUUGUACAAAAUGUUAUUGAAGUUGUUAAUUUUUCUGUUGCCUGUACUGUGGAGGAGUGCAUCUUGUGCGUCACGCACAAACCUCUUGAUCCGUAAAUACGAGCUGGAUGUGAACUCCUCAAAGAUCAUGCAGAAGGAUGAUAGGAAACUGAUGCAGAAGUGGGCAGACGAUUACCAGUUCAAACGGCUGGACAUCAGCAUGAAGUACCGGCUGCAGAUGGUGAAGCACCAGGAACAUAGCUUAGGAGGAAAUGGGAAUGUUGUGUGGGUGAACUGCCUGUACGCUCACAGGACGGAAACCAGGCGGACAGUGAGCCUCUACCAUGACCAUGAACACGAAUGUCUGAAGACUGCUGCCUCUAGAGAUGUUACCAUGAGAGAAAAUGUGGAGCAACUUGAGAAACAGAUAGCGAAUUGGAGAAAAGGUUACAGGUACUUACAGAAUAAAUGCAAUGACGAAAAUGUUGGCAACACCAGGGCUAUGCACCAGUGUUUGGUCCGAUACAUGCAAAACGACAAUUUCGACGAAGUGAUCCAUAGACUAGUGCUCCUAAAGUUAGGUGCCAUGAACGACCUGUAUGCCUACUACAACUCCUCGCUCCGGGAGCUGGAAGAAUGUCUCAAAACACAGCUGUCCAGGUACCUGGAGCGAAUACGAGCAGUCUUGGAUACCUUGUAUAAAUGCUAUAAUAUUAAAACGUGAUUGUGAUGUUCUUAGGUGCAUUUUAGAUUAAGUAAUUAUUAUU